AUGAGGGGAAUUAGUGGGGUCGUGCUGGUAAUAUAUCUGGUACAAAUGGUUGUUGCUGUAAAGGUGAAGGUAGUUAUGCAUUCCGACCAAGAAGAUUCUAAGAUAGAGGAGGAGGACUUGGCGCGAACAGAAUCGUGGCCCAAGAAAGUGUCCGGCGACGCGACCAUGAUGCCUUUCUGGAGAAGUUCCCGAAAACACGUAGAGGAUAAAAUUGAGUUCGAGGAAGAAAUUAAAACUACGGAGAAGCCGCGGUCAAUGCAUCCGAACGAAAUGAUUUUCCCAUUGAUAUAUCGGCAAAACCAUAUAAAUAGCAUGUUCAAAUUUGGAGAGAACUGGUACACUUGGUCAACCGAGAAGAGGACCGACGGUUCCAAAGCAACCAACUAUUUUAUAUGUUUCGACGAGCCCAAACAUUGUGAUGAAAUCGGAUGGGAGCGAACGGACGCCCCGCCGAAGUGCGCCUUCCAAAUCGAUUCUCUGAUGCCCGAUGACCGCGCCUGUAUCAACAGCUUCGGUGUUGAACCUCACACCAACGGCGUUUGCGAUGGUGGAGAACAGAUGAAGGUUAGCGAUAUAGUGCGUUCGUGCGGCCCCCGAAUUCGGUCUUUGUGGCGGUUCUCACGCGUAGGGCGCCGCCCCGCCAACGCCGCCAAGCCAGCUGACGUCAACUCUUUGGUCUGCGAAGACGAGGAGGAAUGCUACAUCACCGUUGAGUAUAGGAUUCACCACGAUAGGAUUACAUUCUCCCUGCACGAGCCGAGUCGCGGACAAACUUUCAAGAGCGCUCUAAAACGGGAGAUACCGACUGAAGAAGAGAACAAAGUUAUAACUGCCACUGAAGCACACGCGCGGGUAUUACGCAAACAUAAAAAGGCUAAGGAAGAAUCCUUGAAGAAAAAAUAUAACUCGAGAUCCAAAGUUAAGUCCACGGAGGGCAAGGGUGCCAUCAAAGAACGAAACGAUUCUGGUUACACCCGCAGACAAACAAAAAAUAAAAUUAAAAUCCGAGAUGAUUUGUCCGAAGACAUCUCCGAGUAA